GAUCUUGCCAUGGGGUGCGGACUGAGAAAGCUGGAAGACCCAGAUGAUAGCAGCCCUGGAAAAAUCUUUUCUACACUGAAGAGACCACAAGUUGAAACAAAGACGGAUUCUGCUUAUGAAUACGUAUUGUUGGAUUUUACUUUAGAAGCCUCCUCCAAUCCAGAAGUCAUCAAGAUCAGUUCUGUGUUGGAUAUAGCAUCUCGGGUGGAAGACUAUUACAGCAAAGGCUAUAUUGUAGGAGCUGUUCAUCCCAUUAUGCUGCCAAUUGGACAGAGAAGGAAUUUCCCUGCAAGUCACAUGUAUCGAGUGGUACUCUCACGACUAAAAGCAAGCCAGAAGCAUGCAGCACCCAGAGGACAAAGGCAUCCCAGGCUGGUGAUUGAGGAAUGUCCUUUAACAUAUGAAACACUGACAAAUGAAGUCGUGAAAGAACUGCUAGAAAAGGUUAAUGAAGCUGCUAAAAGAGGAAAGAAGUUUGUGGGAUUUAUAACACAGCAUUUUCCUCAACCUAAAACCUGUAAUGGAGCAAGCACAGGUGGAGGUGCAGAGCUGGAAUCAACGCUGGGCAGAAGAAACAGGGAGCACAGAAGGGAAAACUUGGAUGAAAACUAUAAAAACUGGAAUGAAGGGACAUUGAGCGGUCACUGCUCUGAGAGUGGGCUAGAGGAGGAAGUGCACGGAGAAAGCAGACUGUUAGAGGAUUCAGAUUGCCAGUUUGCAAAAGAAGUCAGCCCUUCUAGACCACAAAAAGGAGAUGACAAGCUCUAUUCAGUCUUCAAUGUUUUUGAUGAUGAUUCUACCUGCUGGACCUAUUAUGAAGGUGUUUUGUCUAUGAAAGUUGCAAGAAAAGGGCCAGUUGUUAGUACACUGGAAGCAGACUGGCUAGAAUUAACUACAUUUUAUUAUAAACAAGGAUUGGCCUUAGUUGAUUCUUUUGUACACUGGGAAACUUCUAAAGGGGAUUAUUUGCCCAAAUCUUUAGAAGGAUUAUUUAUCUAUGAAGAAGAAGGUGCUGGGGUACCAGGUUCUAACAGGAAAGGAAAUGAUGCAAUAGUUGUUGAACAAUGGACAGUCAUUGAGGGGUGUGAAAUUAAAACAGAUUAUGGACCUUUACUGCACACGCUGGCUGAGUUUGGAUGGCUCCUGACCUGUGUCCUGCCUACACCAAUUGUACGACACGACAGUGAAGGAAAUCUGGCCACAAAGCAAGUAAUUUUUCUUCAGAGACCUGUUAUGUGGAGUUCUGCUGUCCAGGCACCAGAGAGGAAAUCCUUAAGACAAGAGACUGGGGAAGAAAAAGGCAGACUGCCCAGCAGAAGUGUUGGAUCAGAUACAGCCACUUCUUGCCCCAUAGAAACUGGACUACCACCUGACGAGUUUCACCUAUCUCCUUCUAAACAAUAUUGGAUCAGGGAGGGAUCCUCCCAUUAUGGAGGCUUUCCAGGAUUCAGUAGCAGUGAUGGAGUGUUAAGGGAACUGGAUGAUGGACAAUUUGAUCAGGAAGAUGGAGUCACUCAGGUCACGUGUAUGUGA